CGCAGGGGCUCUGCGUCAGCGCUGAUUGGCGGAGGGGCCGGCGCAGGCGCAUAGCCGUGCGCAGCAUGGCGGGCCCGGGGCUGGUGGCCGGGGACGUGGUGGUGGAUGCGCUGCCUUAUUUCGACCAGGGUUACGAGGCGCCGGGGGUCCGGGAGGCGGCUGCGGCGCUGGUGGAGGAGGAGACGCGGCGGUACCGGCCCACGAAGAAUUACCUCAGUUACCUGCCGGCGCACGACUACAGCGCCUUCGAGACCGAGAUCAUGCGGAACGAGUUCGAGCGCCUGGCAGCCCGGCAGCCCCUGGAGCUGCUCAGCAUGAAGAGGUACGAGCUGCCGGCCCCGUCCUCCGGCCAGAAGAACGACAUCACGGCGUGGCAGGAGUGUGUGAACAACUCCAUGGCGCAGCUGGAGCACCAGGCCGUCCGCAUCGAGAACCUGGAGUUAAUGUCGCAGCACGGCUGUAACGCCUGGAAGGUGUACAACGAACAUCUGGUUCAUAUGAUAGAACAAGCCCAGAAAGAGCUUCAGAAGUUGAGGAAAAACAUUCAAGAUCUGAACUGGCAACGAAAGAACAUGCAGCUCACAGCUGGGGCGAAGCUACGAGAAAUGGAAUCUACGUGGGUCUCUCUUGUCAGUAAAAAUUACGAGAUUGAACGAACUAUUGUGCAGCUAGAAAAUGAAAUUUCACAAAUCAAACAGCAGCACGGGGAAGCAAACAAGGAGAAUAUCCAGCAAGAAUUCCAGUGACUUAAUCCUUGCUGUGUUACCGCAGCAUAUGUUAAAAAACAAAACACUUUGGAGACGCUGGUUUUGCAGAUACCACUAGUUGCAGUUGUGUUAGGUCAUAAAAGGCUAUUUUCAUUGUUUUAGAUCCUAGCAUGAGGUAGGGUAGACUCAAAAUAUCCUGUUCAAAUGAAUCAUGGGCACAGUUAAAUGUACUGUGAAUUUUUCACUUAUUUACCUGAAGCAGGAGCUCUGUAAAAACCCUGUUUUCUGUUUUAACAUUUCCCCCUACUUUAAUAAAAGUUAUUUUGCUGUC